UUCGAAUACUAGAAAUUUUAUCGUUUACCAAUUUACGUUGGUACGAGUUCCCGCGUUGACGUUUCCCUCCAAAACGUCGCUUCAAUUUGUAACUUGCAUUGUGUGGUAUUGCCGUUUUGAGAAGAUAAAAUGCAAGAUUUAACAAAAAGAACCCCCAAUUUUUCUGCUAGGGAAAAAAUUACAUUUUUAGAUAUAGUUGAAAGGUAUAAAGCUACUAUUGAAAAUAAAGGCACGUCAUGUGUUAUUAAUGAGAAAAAAAACAGAGCGUGGGAGAAGAUAACACAUGAGUUUAAUGCAGAGACUGAAGUGAGCAGGACCGUAAAACAUUUGAAAUUGCUCUACGCUAAUUUGAAACGGAAAACACGAAAAGAUGUCGCGGAGGAACAUAAAGAACAAUAUUUAAAGGCAAAGGUGGUUGAUGAGGAGGACAGGCGCGAACUUAAUAGAACCGGUGGAGGCAAUUAUAAGCCGCAGUUGGAUGAAACAGGCGCUCAAAUUUUAGCUAUAAUAGAAGACCAAGUGCAACCUUUACCGAAUUUUUUCGAUGAUGCUGCGAACUAUUUUCAUGAUGUACCUACAGAUAUUCCUGGGUGUUCUGGUACUCAACUUCGGGCACCGACUCCUGAUUUGGAUCCUGGAGAUGUACCAGUUACUCAGCCUGUGCCUGAGAUAAGAGCCACAACAUCGCGCCGUACCAGGAUUAGAACAACGAGAAACAAAAAAGUCAAUUACAAGGAAUUAUACUUCAAAAAAAAAUAUCAAAUAGCUUGCUUCGAACUAAAAUCCAAACGGCAGCUGCAUGUUUUAGAUUUAAAAAUUAAACGUAAAGAGUUGGAAAAUUUAAAUGCAAAAUAAAAAUAAUUUUUCAUUCA